AUGGAUCAGUCGCAGCCCUCCUCGGAUGCCCCAGCAGAGACCGACCCGGAGAGUGGCAAUGGCCGCAUCAGAUUCGAUGGCCCGCUGCCCUCGGAGCCAUCUAGGGGUAUCUACCGCCCCAGACAAGGCCUUCACCGUUCCGUGAGUCAAGAUACAAUUCGAAGCUACCGGAGUGGUGUCCAAAACCCCAAUGCCACCGGAAUUCCCAUCGAGUUUCGGACGGUUUCUUUCCAGAUCUCGGACACCCAGAGAGCCAAGGAGGAGGCGAUCAAGUCGAAGCGUGAGAAGGAAAGGCAUCCGGAUCACGAUUACUUCGAGAACCUCGACUUUCACCUUCUCAGCACGGAACGGCUGUGUCAGGAAUUCAACGUUGACCUCCGCUAUGGCUUGAGUGACUCGGCGGUGGCCACCCGACUACAGCGGGAUGGCAAAAACAUGAUCUCCCGGUAUCGUGAGAACUAUGUCAAGAAAAUCCUGGGAUAUGUCUUCGGCGGCUUUUGCUCGGUCCUGUGGGUUGGCGUCAUUGUCUUCUUUCUCUGCUGGAAGCCCUUGAGCAAUCCUCCCUCAGUCCCCAACCUCGCCAUGGCCAUCCUCGUUAUUAUCGUCAUCCUUCUCCAGGCCGCAUUCUCUGCCUUUCAAGACUGGUCGACGAAACAUGUGAUGAACUCCAUCCUCAAUCUCCUCCCGUCUGAAGCCCUCGUCCUGCGCGAUGGGAAACAAGUCCGGAUUCCGUCGACUGAACUUGUCGCUGGCGAUGUAGUCACGGUCUCGGUUGGAAACAAGGUCCCAGCGGAUAUGCGUCUGGUGCAGAGCUCUGGAGAUGUCCGCUUUGACCGGGCCGUCCUGACGGGAGAGUCUGAUGAAGUCGAAGGGGCGAUAGAGUCCACUGAUGCCAACUUCCUCGAGACGAGGAAUAUUGCCUUCAUGGGCACUGGUGUCACAAAUGGCAACGCCGUGGGCGUGGUAGUGCUCACCGGAAGUCGUUCAGUCAUGGGACGUAUUGCGAAGACAACUACGGGUGUCAAGCAAAAACCGACCUUGAUUCAGAAGGAAAUCUCCCGCUUUGUCCGGAUCAUCAUCUGUCUGACCCUCAUCCUCGUAUUGAUUAUAUUGUUCACCUGGGUUGGCUGGUUGCGCGUUGAUCACCAUCAGUUCAUGGGGGUGGUCGCGAUGUUGAACAACGUCAUGGGCUGCGUCGUUGCCUUCAUCCCCGAAGGUAUGCCCGUUGGGGUUGCUCUCACCCUCAUGAUCGUCGCCAAACGCAUGAAGCAGGCCAACAUCCUCCCCAAAGGUCUGGCUACCGUCGAGACCUUGGGCUGCGUGAAUGUCAUUUGCUCGGACAAAACAGGCACACUGACACAAAACAAAAUGACCGUCAAGUCUGUUGGGCUGCUUGACAAGAAAUUCGAGAUGGACAAAUUGCUUGCGUCAGGAGGUAACCUUCCUGCGUCUCUCGUCCCUUUACUUCGAGCCUCCCGCCUGUGCAACGAUGCUUUUUUCGAUCCCACGUCGAUGUCACUGCCAAUCAGUGAACGGGUUGUGACCGGAAACGCUACGGAUGCCGCGGUCUUGCGGUUCGCAGAAUCUAUCUCUCCAAAUGACACCGAGAUCGUGUCGCAGUUCCAAAGGAUCCAUCAAAUCCCCUUCAACUCGAAAAACAAGUGGGCCCUUACCAUGCAUACAAACCCGGCCUCGGCCGACAAGCACCUGGUCUUUGUCAAAGGUGCACCUGACGUGCUUCUCCCCAAGUGCAGCUCAUACCUAUCAGGAGUCGACAAUGCGGUCAAACCUUUGGACGAAGAGGCUAGAGCGAAUCUAUCAGAAUUCCAAGCCGAGUUGGCCAGAAGGGCCGAACGCGUGAUUGUGCUCUGCCAGAGACAUUAUCUUCCUCGCGCUGCACCCGGGACUAAUGAUUUUAACGACGAGGUGCUGGCUGAAGCCGCAGAAGAGCUGACCAUUAUUGGGAUUGUCGGAAUUGUCGACCCUCCCCGUCCUGAAUCUGCCCAAACAAUAGCUGCUUGUCGACGUGCUGGCGCGCGCUUCUUCAUGGUGACCGGUGAUUUCGGCCUGACUGCGGCAGCCAUCGCGAGGGAGAUCGGCCUGUUCAGUGACAAUGUCAGCCCGGACACCAUCAACGAGAUACGAUCUGACUCCAGUGAGGAUGACGAAAAGACUGCGCUCCAGUCUCGCCGCAGUCUGCUGGUGGAUGGCUCCCAUCUCUCUUCGCUGAACGAGGAGCAGUGGGAUAUCAUCUGCAAAUAUGAGGAGGUCGUCUUCGCGCGUACAUCACCAGAGCAGAAGUUACGCAUUGUGGAGGAACUCAAGUCCCGCGAUAACGUGGUUGCUGUGACUGGCGACGGCGUCAAUGAUGCCCCUGCCCUACGCGCAGCAGACAUCGGAAUCGCGGUGGCUUCGGGAAGCGAUGUCGCCAUCGAAGCAGCAGACUUGGUUCUGAUGGACAAAUUCGACUCCAUUGUUGAAGCCAUCCGGCUGGGCCGUCUGGUGUUCCAGAACCUCCAGAAAGUCAUUGCGUACUUGUUACCCGCCGGUAGCUGGUCAGAAAUCUGGCCCGUCCUGAUGAAUGUGUUUUUCGGUGUCCCUCUCCCGCUGAGCUCAUUCCUCAUGAUCAUCAUUUGCGUUUUCACCGACUUGUUCUUGUCCCUUUCUCUGAUCAUGGAGAAGGAAGAAUUCGACCUCCUCAGUGUGCCCCCGCGCAACCACCUGAAGGACCACUUGAUCAACCUGAAGAUCUACGGUCAAUCCUAUCUCUUCGUUGGUGUCAUGGAAGCAUUCUGUGCCCAUUCCAUGUUCUUCCUCUACAUGUACAAGAAAGCAGGAAUUCCGUUCCACGCCCUCGUGUUCGCCUUCGAGAAAUACACCGAUGGCUUCUAUGGAUAUAGCCAGGAUGAGUUGACCCACUUCAACAACGUCGGACAAGGCGUCUACUUCGUGAGCCUUGUGAUACUGCAGUGGGGCAAUAUUCUCUCCGUCCGGAACAAGAGAAUGUCCAUCUUGCAGGCGGACCCGGUGCGCAAACAACGUCGGAACCCGUGGCUUCCCAUUGCCAUGGCUGUAUCUCUUGCAAUUGCGGUCUUUGUCACCGAAGUCCCGGGCUUCCAUACGCUGUUCGACACGGCCCCUGUGCCGAUCGAGUUCUGGUUGAUUCCGUUGGGAUUGGCGUUGGGAGUGCUGUUAAUGGAUGAGCUCCGCAAGUUGAUUGUUCGCGUGUUUCCAAAAAGCAUUGUUGCCAAGAUUGCCUGGUGA